AUGAAGAGUCUCUUACUACUGACCACGCUCCUGGUACCUGUGCACCUGGCCGUGGCCUGGAGCACCAAGUACGCGGUGGAUUGCCCAGAACAUUGUGACAACAGUGCAUGCAGAAGCAGCCUGCGCUGCAAGAGGACAGUGCUGGAUGACUGUGGCUGCUGCCAGGUGUGUGCUGCUGGGCCUGGAGAAACCUGCUACCGCACGGUCUCGGGCAUGGACGGCGUCAAGUGUGGCCCUGGGCUGAGAUGUCAGUUUUAUAGCGAGGAGGAUGAUUUUGGUGACGAAUUUGGUAUCUGCAAAGACUGCCCCUAUGGCACCUUCGGGAUGGAAUGCAAACAGACCUGCAACUGCCAGUUGGGCAUAUGUGAUAGGGUGACUGGAAAGUGUCUGAAUUUCCCUUUCUUCCAGUACUCAAUCACCAAAUCCUCCAGCAGAUUUAUAUGCCUUCUCAUUUCAGAGCAUGACGUGGCAUCUGGAGACGGCAAUGCAGUGAGAGAAGAGAUCGUGAAAGGGAAUGCUGCUCGGUCCCCUGUGAUGAAAUGGUUAAACCCACGCUGAUCCUAAGUGGGGCUACCAAGUGAAGGCUUUCUAAAAAUGUGAUCAACACUCAGCCAACAUUUUAAGAACUGUCUAGAGCAUAGACUAUGGACAUGUAAUUUUUGGAGAUCAAAUGUGAUUCAUCGGGAAAUCAGAAGAAUAGGCUAUAUACAAUGCACAAAAGACAUAUGACUGAACACUUUUAGAUAUUUGUUAAAUAUUUAAAUGCAUAUAGAUCUGUUAAACGUGUGUGUAUACUAUCACCAAGGAACUAAAAGAUGAUCUUACAAGGGCCAAAACGUGACCUAAUCGAAGCUGAAGACCACAGGGAACCCAGGAGUUCUUUGACUUAGAUGUACAUUCUUGCUGAGAUACAGGCAGAUAAGGUGCAAGAGUGGGUAGGGAUGAUGGUAAAUGUAGGAAGUGGUAAUAUCUGAUUCUUCCUCAUGGUAGCUUCAAUAAUUUUUUUUAAUUUUGCGGAGAGAAAAAA